AUGAAUCGCGCAUUGCAAACAAUAUGUACUCGUUUCCUAACGCGUCCUCUUCUUCCAGUGUCGAGUGUGAACUUCAUUCCAUGUGCUGGAAUACGACAUCAUAAACUAACCGAUCAACAUAUGAGAUUACGAUACAAGAAACUUCAUUGGCACAAGUUUUAUGACGAUAAAUGGGUUCAACGACGUGGAGGCGGAUGGGAUGAAAAACUCACUCCGGAGAAUAUUUCGUUCAUGCAAGAGGUCGUCCAUGAUACAUAUGCCAAUGAAGAAAGUCCAUUGAAAGAUGGUCCCUGGAAACAUGGAGAAUACACAACCAAUCCAGAGACAAUUCGUACUGGUGUUCUUGGACUAAAAUUAGGAACAUUGCCACAGUGGAAUAAAAAGGGUCAAAAGUUUUAUGUCACAGUAGUUCAAAUUAUUGACAAUCAUGUGAUUAACUAUACUCCGCCCGAGAUGAUCAAUUUUCGAACAUUAUUUACUACUCGUCCGUUACGUCGUGAUCUCCAUGGGAAAGUCGGUAUGCUUGUUGUCGGUGCCCUAUCUUGUGAUCCUAGGAAAUUUACUCGAGCUUAUAACGGUUUAUUUGAACAAGCUGGUGUACCGCCCAAACGUAAAUUAACUCGAUUUUUUGUCACGCCAAACAGUGUGAUUAAACCUGGCACCCCUCUCUACGCCACACACUUUCGCUGCGGAGAUUACGUAGAUGUACAAGCACGUUCCAUAGAUUAUGGUUUUCAAGGUGUUAUGCGUCGGUACGGUUUUCGUGGUGGCCCUAGUGAUAAAUACGGUGCAACGAAAUUUCAUCGUAAACGUGGUACCGUUGGUUCAGGUCGUAAACAUCGAAUUCUACCUGGAACACGAAUGGCCGGCCUUAUGGGCAAUAAAUUAGUAAUGAUGAAAGGUUUGAAAGUUUGGCGAAUAAACACCAAAUACAACAUCCUUUACCUCAUGGGUCCAGCCGUGCCUGGACCUAAUCAUGGUUACAUGCGUAUACAAGAUUCAACGUUGUACGAACGUAAACAAAAGAUAACGAACGAGAAUCAUCCGCCAUUUCCCACUUACUUUCCCGAAAAUGGAAAAGUUUUAGAAGAAGAAUUAUUCGCCGAUGACAUCUACCGAUUCGAUCAGCCAACACUAACAUUAGAUGAUGUACAAAUAGCUCCAUUAACAAGUCGUCGAACAGCAGCGAAGACUGCUCAAAAGAAAAAAUGA